AAAUGAAAGCCAGCCCCCCUGUUGAUCACAGCCCGGCUUUGUGUCUUCACUGCGGUUUUUCCUGAACACCAUUGUGCCAAAGUUCAGAGCUCAGAACACGGGACAAAAGAAGAAAGAAGACACUGAACUGUAUGCUCUAGGACAGUUUUAUCUGACAGAUUUAUUGGGACAGCGAAACAUUUCAGACAUUCCCCCUUACUGGAGCUCUCCUAUGUUUCCUCAGGACUGAACAGGACACAUUAACUCUGUUUCUAUGGAAUAUUUUUCAGCUUUGUGAUAAUGUCAUAACCAAGUCAAAACAAACCCUUCAACGUGCAAUGUGCCAAUAAAACCUCUGCAGCUACAGCCAGUUUUUGUUGAAGCAAAGCAUCAUGGUCAACAGGAAAGCAGUGGUCCAGCGAAGGAUUGUGUCCAAGGACGGUCACAACAAUGUUCAGCUCGACAACGUGGAAGGAAUGGUCAAACUCUACCUGCAUGACAUAUGGACUACUGUGGUGGACAUGAAGUGGCGCUACAAGCUCACGCUGUUUGCCUCCACCUUCAUCUUAACCUGGUUUAUCUUUGGGGUCUUCUUUUACUUCAUCGGCAUGGGGAAUGGAGACUUAGAAGCAGACCACAAUUCAACCCACACGCCAUGCGUGAUGAAUGUGGAGACUCUCACCGGAGCCUUCCUGUUCUCUCUGGAGUCGCAGACCACCAUAGGUUAUGGUUUUCGACACAUCUCUGAAGAGUGUCCUCUGGCUAUCUUCACGCUGGUGGCUCAGCUCGUCAUCACCGGCCUUGCUGAAAUCUUCGUCACUGGUGCCUUUGUAGCCAAACUGGCCCGACCCAAGAAGCGAGCAGAAACAAUUAAGUUUAGCCAGGUGGCGGUGAUCUGCAAGCACCAAGGCAAGCUGUGUCUGAUGGUGAGAGUGGCCAACAUGAGGAAAAGUCUGCUGAUUCAGUGCCAGCUAACUGGAAAGCUGUUUCAGUCCAAUGUGACAGAAGAAGGAGAGAAGACGCAAAUCCACCAGAGCUCUGUAGAUUUCUACAUGGACUCCAACGGAGACUGUCCUUUCCUGAUCCUCCCGCACACCUUCUACCAUGUUAUCGAUGAGAAGAGCCCACUGGCAGGACUGACAGCAGAAAUCCUACGCAAUCGAACCUUUGAGCUGCUCGUAGCGCUCAAUGCCACCAUGGAGUCGACCGCGGCCACAUGUCAGAGCCGCACCUCUUACAUCCCUCAGGAGAUCCUGUGGGGCUAUGAGUUCAAACCAGUGCUAUUCAGCUCCGCCAACUGCCGCUAUGUUGUCGAUUUCAACUUUUUUGACCAGGUACAAAUGACCAAUGAUGCUACCCUCCUUGGCAACAACACGGAAAAGCUAUAAAUGAUGCAGGACUGGGAGGAAAUUUUGGGAACUAUUAGUUUUACAAUACUGUGAUGUUACAUAGCAAAUCAACCUCAGUGUUUAUUGAUCAAUAACGUCUUCUGCCAGGUAUUGGGUGCUGGUUGUUUCGCCCUCUUGCCAUUUUGUACCUUUGCAAUAUUGGUAAUUUCAUACUCGACUUUUUGGGGAAUCAAAUAGUACCUUGGGAUGUUUCACCAUCCAUCCACUGGAACCAACCAGGAGGAUGUUUUGUACCGACAGAUUAUUUAAAGUAUCUUUCUAUGUCCUACUCAUAAUCUUAUGUAAAAAAUGCUUCAGUAAAUAUAUUCCAUUAAUAAGAGGUAACUUAGGGUUAUUUUUGGUUUGAUCAGGGGUAUUAAUCUGUCAUAAUUUAGAGCAGUAAGCUUGCCCAAACGGGUAGACCCAUAAUAAAUAGAAACAAGGUUUUUAGAUAAUAAUAUGUAAGAGAAUGUAACUACAUGCCACAUUUGUGCAUUUUUAUGACUAAAAUAAAAGAAAUAAAUGGAUA